UGCCCAUGGGAAGGAGGAGUGAGAAAGUGAUUAGAGAGAGAUUGGGCAACCAAAAAAAUGCCCAUAAGUGGCAAUGCUUUUAGGUGAAUUUCUAACCAACCACGCCAAGCUUGUGCUCCAUCGAUCACGAGUUACAUGACCUAAAAGCCCUUAUGAGUUAAACCGCCGUUAGUUACAACAUAGUCGGCUUCCAGACACUGCAAAUUGCUGCUUUCCUCUUUUGCCAUUUUUUGUCCCUUUUCAAUUUUAAGUUGCUCUCCUCUUUCUCUCUCUACUCCAUUGAAGCUUACUCUGAGUUCUUUAUUGUAGCAGCUUCUCAUCUUGCUCUCCUCCAUUGAAGCAGCUUCAGCUUCUCAUCUUUUCUCUACUCCAUUGAAGCAACUUCUCAGAUGGAGGGUGAGAAUUGACAGUUGAAAAUGGGUGAUUAUGGAAUGGAAGAUUACAAGAAUCGAGUUGAUGUUGUGUUGUCACAAGUCAAUACGAUCGAGAAAAAAGUUCGUGAGGUUGAGCAGUUCUACCUGAACACCAGUAAAAAGCAAGCUAACAGCUCAAAAGGUGGCUCAGCUUCUAAGGACAAAGACAAGGAUAAAGAGAGACAAGUUACUCAAGCCAAAAAGCAGCAGCAGGAUGCAACAAGCAAGGAAACAGCUGCGUCAAAGAGAAUGCAGGAGCUGAUACGUCAAUUCGGCAAAAUAUUAAAUCAGAUCACUCAACACAAGUGGGCAUGGCCUUUUAUGGAACCUGUAGACGUCAAAGGCCUGGGUUUGAAUGAUUACUAUGAGAUCAUUGAAAAACCUAUGGAUUUCAGUACGAUAAAAAAACAAAUGGAAGCCAAGGAUGAUAGUGGAUAUAGACAUGUAAGGGAGAUCUGUGCAGAUGUGAGGUUGGUUUUCAAGAAUGCAAUGAAAUAUAAUGACGAAAAGAAUGAUUUCCAUGUCAUGGCAAGGACCUUGUUGGCAAAGUUUGAAGAGAAGUGGCUACAGUUUUUGCCUAAAGUUGCGGAAGAGGAAAAAAGACGAGAAGAAGAGGAGGCUGAUGUACAGCUUAGCAUGCAGCUAGCUCAAGAGGCUACUUAUGCCAAAAUGGCUAGGGAAAUAAGCACUGAGCUUUUUGAGGCAGACAUUCACCUUGAAGAUCUUAGGGAACAACUGGUUCAAAGGUGCAGGAAAAUGUCAACCGAAGAGAAAAGGCAGCUUGGCACAGCCCUCACAAGACUAUCCACCGAUGACCUCAGUGGAGCUUUAGAGAUUGUUGCCAUGAGCAAUCCUGGGUUUGUAGCAAAUGCUGAGGAGGUGGACCUCGAUAUAGAUGCUCAGAGUGAAUCUACAUUAUGGAGGCUAAAAUUCUUUGUAAAAGACGCGCUGCAAGCUCAAGGCAAGCCUGCAGCAAGCAUGGGUGGCAACAAUAACGAUAACAAUGAAAACAAUAUUAAUAAUUCUAAACGGAAAAGAGAGGCCUGUGACGCCGUUACCAAGACUGCCAAAAAGAAGAGUAAAAAGGUAGCAUCUUGAUUGUUGUAACUUGUAACAAUGUAGAGUAGAUGAAUUAUGCUCUGUAAGAUCUGGAACUAUAGUACUAUCUUGAAAGAAAUAUCACAAUUUUUUUUUUUUAACUAUGACUUGAUUCCCAGUUUGAUGUAAUAUAAUAUGUAGUCUGAACUUGUUACCAAGAUGACAUUUUAUCAAACCUUUCCCAAAGUGCCCUACCCCUGGGAGCAUAACUGAAA